AUGCCCUCUAAUCACCACAACCCCGAAUCGACUCCUCUGCUGCAGCACAUCAUACCCCAGCACAUCCAUCCAGAUGGCGAGAGCGGCCGCACCGGAUUUCAAGCCUCGCACUUCGUCAGUGUAGCGUGGAGGUCUGGCAGCAAUGCAGCAAAGUGGACCAACCUGCUGUGGCCUGUGGUGCCUGUAGCCAUCAUUCUACACUUUGUCCUUCCGGGCAACCCCCUCACAGUCUUUGCGCUCAGCUACAUCGCCAUGGUUCCUGUCGCAAACCUGCUCGGGUUUGCUGGCCAAGAGUAUGCGCGAAAGAUGCCCAAGGUGUCUGGCAUUCUUAUUGAGACGGCGUUUGGGUCUAUAGUCGAGAUCAUCCUGUUCAUCAUCCUGAUCGCGAAGCACACGGCAUCAGAAGGCUCCUCUGAACAUGGAAACCUCAUUCCUGUCAUCCAGGCGGCUAUCUUGGGGUCCAUCCUGACGAAUCUGCUGCUGUGUCUUGGACUUUGCUUCUUCGUCGGCGGCCUUCGCCAGGCAAGGCAAAAGUUCCAUGCUUCGAUCAGCGAGGUCGGCAGCGGUCUGCUCCUUGUAGCUGGGUUCGGCCUGCUGAUUCCCAGCGCGUAUUACUCGGCAUUGAAGGGCUCUGCAGUUCACAAAGCGACCAAGCACCACGAGUUCACCGAGAAGAUCCUGCAGCACAAUGUCCUCAAGAUCAGUCAAGUCACCUCAAUCCUGCUGAUGAUCGCUUUUGCCAUCUUCAUCUUCUACAACGCCCGCUCGCAGCACUCCAUCUUCGACGAGGUGCUGGAAGCAGACGAACACGCCGACCUCGACCACCACGAAGAUGUGGCCAAGCCAAAAUUCACAUUCACCGAGUGCAUCAUCGCCAUCGUGCUAUCCCUCGCCAUUGUUACCAUGCUCGCCGUCUUCCUGGUCAUCCGCAUCGAAGACGUAGUCGAAGCCGGCAUCCCCGACCAGUUCCUCGGCCUGAUCAUGCUGCCUUUGAUCGAAAAGGCGGCAGAGCACCUGACCGCCAUCGACGAAGCCUGGGAUGGCCAAAUCAACUUUGCGCUAUUCCACUGCAUCGGCCCCUCGAUCCAAACCGCACUCUUCAACGCGCCGCUGGUCGUCGUCGUCGGCUGGGCCAUGGGCAAGGACAUGGAUCUGAAUUUCGAGAUCUUCAUGGUCGUCUUGCUGGUCCUGUCUAUUGUCGUCGUGGGCAACUUCCUGCGCGACGGCGAGUCGAAUUACCUCGAGGGCUCGCUUCUGGUGAUUGUCUACAUCAUCAUCGCUGUCGCGUCUUGGUACUACCCCAACCCGGAUGUGGCUACGUCGAACGGAGGGCUGGAGGGUUGA